ACAAAGUUAGCAUUACCUACAAUGGAGGCCAGCAGUUUAAAUGAACAGUAAAUUUGCACGCCCAAUAAACAAUUUAAUUGAAAUUAAAACUUAAAAUUUAAGAAACUUUUAAGAAACUCAAUAUUCCAAAAUGUCGUUAGAGAACUUAUCAAAAAAUUAUAAUGAAACUAAAGGAGAAAGAAAAAAAUCAAAUGCGUUUUGGUCUGGUGAUUUUGGAUACACAAAAGAUAAACUUUAUAAAGACAAACUGCAUCUUAAGUGUCGUUUUUUUACAAGAAUGAACUGCAAGCGCAGAGCUUUUAUUCAUGAAGAUAAACUUCAGGUUACAACUGUUCACAGUUGCAGUUCAAGAAAAACAGACUUUGAAGUGCUGUUUGCUAAAAGUGCCAUGAAGAAAAAAACAGAAGCAAAAUCUGAAGACCUGCGCUCAAUUUUUCAAAACACUAUCAGUGAACUUCCUGCAGUUGUUUCUGGAUCUGUUAGUUUUCGUCAAAUUAUCCCAAGUCUUCAGAAAAGGCUAAAUGGGCCUUCGAACCCAAAAUCACCAAAUGAAGCUGCUGAAGUUCUGAACGACAAAGAAUGUCAACGUUAUGGAGAAAUUUUCUUGGGAUCAGUAGCAGAACAGGAUAACGUAGCAUUGCUGUUUGGGCAUAUGCUAGUCAUUAACAAGACGAAAUUGGCUAAAGUGUAUUUUGUUGAUGGAACAUUUAGCAUGACACCACGCAUGGAGGAAAGCAAGUGGUAUCAGCUCUUGAUAUUUUCUGUUGAGUAUUCAGCAGUACUUGAAGAUCCAAUUCCAGAUGAGGAUCAGAUGAAUUUUGAUCCUGAUAACCCUCACCUUUGGGGAAUAUCUGUUCCAGCUGUAUGCACUUUAAUGACAUCGAAAUCCGAGGCUCUAUACAAGCUUGUUUUUUCCAAAAUAAAAGAAAUUUUAGAUUUCUCCCCAUUCACCAUUAUGUAGGAUUUUGAACGAGGACUACAGAAUGCUUUAAAAACAACUUAGAGUAAAAGCUUGGUGAAUGGUUGCAGGUUUCAUUUCGAAAAUGCAAUCACCAAGCAAUUAGCAAUUCUUGGUCUUCAGAGGGAAUACCGCCACCAAAUUCAAGUAAAGAAGUGGGCACGAAAAGUUUCAGCACUUUAUCUCCUUCCUGCAAACAAAAUAUUGGUUGCUUGGGGAUCUCGAGUUAUUGAGAUUGCACAAUUUAGUCGGGAAAUCAAAAUCAAACUACUUGCUUUUUAUUUUAUAUAUUAUUGCUAGGUAUUUUGAGAUUUAUUGGCUCAAUAUAGUGACCCCAGAAGGAUUCAGUGUUUAUGGCUUGAACCACAAAACCAAUAACAAUGCAGAGAGUCUCAAUAGACGUUUGAAAUCAAACAUGGGUGAUCGACAUAGAGGAUUUUGGCGGUUUAUGAAAUUGCUUAACCAGCAUGUAAUUGUCCAUACAAUUCAAGAACUUCAACAGCUUGCCUGCAAUCAGCCAGUCCGCCGUGACCAACGCGACUAUGGUGCAAUUGAAAAAAUGCAUUGUUUUGAGAAAAAACUUCGAGACGGAGUUUGGACAACUGAGAGAUUCCUAUCAACAGUAUCAUAUCUCUUUCAAACUUCAAAGUAGUGUAAAAUAAUUUUCCAAGUUUUUGUAUAACACUUCUUAUUUAUUAACCUUUAUCAAUUUUUUUACUAAAUUAAUUAGUUUAACUUUAUUUGAUAAUCUGUUAUUUUCCAUGAAAUAUGGAAAAUUGUAUUUGAAGUUUCUAAAUAUUUUUAGUGCUUUGGAUGAAAACUCAAUAAACGAGGUUGGUGAGAGUCUUCCUUUGCCAACUUCUACUUCAACAGAGUCACCGAAGUGCGUUGUUUGUACCGUCAAUGAACGAAAUGCAUUAGUAAUGCCUUGCAGACA